GCUUGCUUGUUGCUGCUGCUCAGCUAAACGAUGCAGAGUGUGAACGCUAAGGUCAGCUCUUGUAAUUGUAAUGAAGCAAAUUAAAUCUUCGUGACAUGAAUGUCUCGGCGACAGGGGCUGUGUUACUGAGGUCAGGAUGUUCUCACCCGUGGAGGAAUGUCACAUCAUCUCUGAUGAGCGCCGUCACUUGUAGCCGUUUACACAGCAAGGGACAAGCACCCAAACAGGACAGCCAGUCAGAGAGGGCCAGCUUUAGCCCCUCCUCCAGCUCUAAGAAUGACUGGAUUGGUCCUCCUGACCGCCUGUCAAACCUGCGGCCAAUCAUCUACCACAUCCCGGAGAACGAGACCCCCCUGGAGCGACGCCUUCGACACCUGCGCCAGGAGACCGAGGACUGGAACCACCACUUCUGGACCAAUCAGAACAUCACAUUCAGCAAGGAGAAGGAGGAGUACAUCGUGGCCCAGCUGAAGACCAAGGGGCUGACGGAACGGGAUGAGAAAGGGAAGAAGCGCGUUCUAAGUACAGAGGAGAUGGCCGUGUUCUACAAAAACUUCCUGGACAAGAACUACAGACGACACGCAGACUACAACAGGGAGUGGUACCAGAGGAACUUCACCAUCACGCUGAUGAUGGGACGCGUGGCUCUGCUGAGGAUCUGGAGGAGGCUGAGACCGGGGAAGCACACCACCUGAACACACACACACACACACACACACACACACACACACACACACACACACACACACACACACACACACACAGCGCUGAGACCGGGGAAGCCCACCACCUGAACACACACACACACACACACACACACACACCGGGCUAACACACUGAAGAGAGAAAUAUCCGGCCGCCUGAACACCUGCAUCUGAGAGGAGCGACGAAGGACCCACAAGCUGUUGGACACCCUGAGAGGGUUGUGUGUGUGUGUGUGUGUGUGUGUGUGUGUGUGUGUGUGUGUGUGUGUGUGUGCGCGCGCCCUGAAGCCUCUUGCCCUGAUGGACUCCUGAAUACCAGUUGUGAUGUCACUGCAUUGUCAUGACUACAGUGGUGACGUCACUGCAUUGUCAUGACUACAGUGGUGACGUCACUGCAUUGUCAUGACUACGGUGUUAAUGUGACCGGGUCAAAGACGUCCAACAUGUCCUUCAGUGCAACGGAUACUUUUGCUUACUGUAAAUGCAAAAAAAAAAGAGAUUUUUGGCUUGGCUUUCAUGCAUUCACUUUUCAAAAAAAUGUUUUGAAAUGUCAUGUUUUUCACAGUUACAGUAAGCAAAAGCAUCUGUUAGCACUGAAGGACAGUGUCAUGUUGGACAUCACUGCGUUGUCAUGACUACGGUGUUCACGUGACCGCGUUGACAUGACUAGGGGUGGCGUCACAUCACUGCGUUGUCAUGACUACGGUGUUCACGUGACCGCGUUGACAUGUCUAGGGGUGGCGUCACAUCACUGCGUUGUCAUGACUACUGUGUUCACGUGACCGCAUUGACAUGUCUAGGGGUGGCGUCACAUCACUGCGUUGUCAUGACUACGGUGUUCACGUGACCGCGUUGACAUGUCUAGGGGUGGCGUCACAUCACUGCGUUGUCAUGACUACGGUGUUCACGUGACCGCGUUGACAUGUCUAGGGGUGGCGUCACAUCACUGCGUUGUCAUGACUACGGUGUUCACGUGACCGCGUUGACAUGUCUAGGGGUGGCGUCACAUCACUGCGUUGUCAUGACUACGGUGUUCACGUGACCGCGUUGACAUGUCUAGGGGUGGCGUCACAUCACUGCGUUGACAUGACUACGGUGUUCACGUGACCGCGUUGACAUGACUAGGGGUGGCGUCACAUCACUGCGUUGUCAUGACUACGGUGUUCACGUGACCGCGUUGACAUGUCUAGGGGUGGCGUCACAUCACUGCGUUGUCAUGACUACGGUGUUCACGUGACCGCGUUGACAUGUCUAGGGGUGGCGUCACAUCACUGCGUUGUCAUGACUACGGUGUUCACGUGACCGCGUUGACAUGACUAGGGGUGGCGUCACAUCACUGCGUUGUCAUGACUACGGUGUUCACGUGACCGCGUUGACAUGACUAGGGGUGGCGUCACAUCACUGCGUUGUCAUGACUACGGUGUUCACGUGACCGCGUUGGCAUGUCUAGGGGUGGCGUCACAUCACUGCGUUGAUAUGACUACGGUGUUCAUGUGACCGCGUUGACAUGACUAGGGGUGGCGUCACAUCAGUGCUGCGGUGGUUCAGUGGCUACAGGCUACCUGUGUUGGCCAUUGUGAUACACUGCAAAUCACCUAAAGAUAUACAUACUCCUACAUAUAGAAAGACAGACUCCACACCCUGAACAUGCCCCCACAUACACACACCGCAGUGCACCAGUGGACUCCAAAUGGCGGCCCGCGGGCCAGAUCCGGACGGGACACGGCAAACAUUUGGCCCCUCAUGAGGUUGGAACAAAUGAAAACGUAUAGGCCUACAUAAUGUAUACGUGUGCUAUAUGUGGCCAUACGGGCGGACUAUUUGUUUGGCUCUCAGCUUCAUUUGUUCUGCAUAAUUUGGCCCUUUUUGGCAAAGAAUCGGGAGACCACUGUAGUACACCAACACAUCACUCCAACCCCUGACCUCCCCCAUCUACUAGGUGUUAUCCCUGGUUGUGUGCCCCCCCAUCUCUGCAGCAUAGUUUAAGCCAUAAGCCUAUUAGCUCCUGCACCCUCUACCCCCCUACAGCUUACAGAACACAGCCCAUACUUUCUUCUAAUGCUUCACACCAUCCACCCUUUAUGUUGAGGUAGAACAAUACACAUGAAGGUGAUUCAUGAGUCUUUAUGAUGGGUGUCUGUCUGUCAAACCACUGUAUCAGUGUCACAGCCUAAAGGAUUCGUGGAAGCUUUGGCUUUCCUCUGAAAUGUAUGUAAAUAAACAUUAAACAAUUGAAUGGUUUGUUAA